AAAAAGUCAUGAACCUCCGUUUUCCUCGACUGUUUUCUACAAGCUGCUGUUAUCAACUAUGGUCAUGGCGGUGCUAGAUCCCAGUUCAGAUCAGAACGGCGGGGAUAAUGUCAUCUCAUUCAGUGUCACCCACAAAGGAACGGUAGUCCCGCUGACUUUCGCACUUUUGGCAACCAUAUCCGACGUCAAAGCCCAUCUUGCGUCCCUUCCCUCAAUCAAUAUACCACCACAUGCUCAAAAACUUUUAUUCAAGGGGAAAUCUAGUUAUGCCGAAAAUGCUACCCUUGCUUCAAUAGGAGUCAAAACAAAUGCCAAACUCCUCCUUAUCGGAUCAUCAGCCGCCGAAAUUCAUGCAGUCCAGGAAGCUACGAAACGAAAACAGGAAGCACAAGCUCGGGCAGCAUCCCAGCGACCAGUGAGACCUUCUCAACCAAUUCGAAGUAUCGGAUCAGUCGAUGACGCAAACUAUACCUUCCAUUCCAUUCGUCCACUCCCCGGUUUCUCGGAUGAGAAGCAAGCAACUCUUCUUCUCAAACGUCUCCGCGAUGACGCCGGAAUUCAGUCAAUUAUGCGGAAUCACAAGUGGUCGGUGGGUGCUUUAGUCGAGCUACACCCAUCGGAACGCACGAUAUUGGGAUACAAUGAAAACAAGGGGCAACGAAUCGCUCUCCGUCUCCGCACAGACGACCUGGACGGCUUUCGCUAUUACGAUUCUAUUCGAAAGGUGCUAUUACAUGAGUUGGCUCAUAUGGUGCACUCGGACCACAAUGCUGAUUUCCAUGCUCUGAAUCGACAAUUGAAUCGGGAAUGCGAUGCCGUGACACGAGGGGGGCGCACACUGGGUGCCAAAGGCGAGUACUAUAAUUCUGGCGAAGAGGAGGCUGUGGAUGCGCCUGCCUUUAUGGGUGGAACAUUUAGACUAGGGGGUGGAAGUCAAAGUCGGGAUAACAAGAGUCAGAGGGAGAUCUUGGCAGAAGCGGCCUUAAAGAGGUUGACUAGGGAAGAAGUGGAAUUAGUAGAGGGUUGCGGUAGUGGAAUACAUGCAGACGAUAGUGAUGAUGCGCACCAGGCUGCAAGUCAAAAUGAACCAUGAUAUUUAGGCGUGCUAUAGUUAGUGUAGAUACUUAAUUUCUUGGCUAUUCAGCAAUUUGCGGUUUCUGCCGUUGGACAUCCUGUUACAGGCGUUUUUGGAAUAGUAAAUCACCUUUCAUCUA